GAACUGGAUUCUCAGAAGUGGUGAUGCUCAGAGUUUCGAGGAAACUUUUAUAAGAUUGCGACAGCAUGGCCACCACUGCAGAUGGCUGCAUUCAAUUCACGCGUCACGCAGGCGACGUCCUGCUCAACUUCAACCGCCUCCGCAGCAGGAACCUCCUGACGGAUGUCACGGUGCAGGUGGACGGUCAGAUCUUUCAUACUCAUAAAGCCAUCCUGGUAGCCUGCAGCGGCUUCUUCUAUUCUGUGUUCAUGAAACCUGAGAACGCCAGCCUCAGCGCCAUCAGCCUGGACCCCAAAGUGGAUCCUAAGGGUUUCUCCCUCCUGUUGGACUUCAUGUACACGUCGAUCCUGAACCUCAACGACACGGUGGCGUUGACCACCCUGAACACAGCCAUCUACCUCCAGAUGGAGCACGUUGCUGACACCUGCCACAGGUUCAUCAAGUCCAGGCAUCAGGUUCUGAAUAUGCAGAUGGAAGAGGUGCAGAACAACCUGUCCGCUCUGACUGAGGAGAUCUCCGUGAAGAAGCCUCUGGAGGAAAAGGAGGCGGACUUUAGAAACAACCUCUUACUGACCAUGUCCUCUCAGGACUGUGGGGGCUACAUCCCCAACGUCUUCAGGGGGAUCAACACCACCGGUUCCUACCGCGUGUACGGUGAUCGGCAGGUUCCCGCUACGGUACAAGAGAGUUCUAACAAGAUCCUACGGCGGCAGGAAGCCGACAUGGCGUCGGCGCAGCCGUUCUCCCUCAUCCGCAACCUUCAGUAUUCCGUGUCUCCCAUGGAGGACCACGGCACUCAGCACCCGCAGACCGGCUGUUUGAGGCUCACUCCCAGCUACAGCAAAGGGGUCAUCUGCAGCCCGCAGAGCCCCCUUAGAUCCGACUGCCAGCCCAACUCGCCCACCGAGUCCAGCAGCAGCAUCAACGCCAGGAUGAGCCUGAAACAGGCCUGCAGCUCCCCCAGAGACGCCAGGGCCUGCAACUGGAAGAAGUACAAGCUUAUAGUUCUGAACAAAACCCCUGAUGAGAGCGGGAAGGAGGCGGCGUCCCCCUCCCCGAGCCCCUCCAGGGGCGAAGCAGCCGGCGGAAACGACGAGCUUCGGCCGGAGGAAGGAGCCGGUGGUCACAGAGAGGAAACGGCGCUGCCUCAGAGCGAACUCAGCUGCAGCAGCAGCAGAUUCUCAAGCUGCAGCAGCCCUCAGGGAACGGAGAGCAGCCACCUCUCUCCGGCCUCAUACAGCAGCGACGAGGCCAAAAAAAUGUGCUCCGACUUCUCCCCGUCCAGCUGUGAUAAUAGUUUCUUCUGCAACGGCUGUGACUCCAAAUUCUCAGAGGAAGACUCACUGAAGGACCACAUGGGUCAGGCCCACAGCGACAAGCCAUACAAGUGCGACUGCUGCCAGGCCGCCUUCCGCUACAAAGGCAACCUGGCCAGCCACAAGACCGUCCACACAGGUGCAAAGCCGUACCACUGCAACAUCUGCGGGGCUCAGUUCAACCGACCAGCCAACCUCAAGACCCACACAAGGAUUCACUCCGGAGAGAAGCCAUACAAGUGUGAGACCUGCGGCUCUAGAUUUGUGCAGGUCGCCCACCUCCGUGCUCACGUCCUGAUCCACACCGGAGAGAAGCCAUACCCCUGCGAGAUCUGUGGAACGCACUUCCGCCACCUUCAGACGCUCAAGAGUCACAUGAGGAUCCAUACUGGAGAGAAGCCCUAUCAUUGUGAAAAAUGUGACCUCCACUUCAGACACAAGAGUCAGCUCCGGCUUCACCUCCGACAGAAACACGGCGCCGUCACGAACACCAAGGCUCAGUACCGGCGGGCGGGCGGCAACAUGGCGGCAGGCCUGGUCAGCUCCUCCUGAGUCUGACGCGUAGAUCUAAUCUCCGCCUUCUUUAGUCGGAGCUUAUAAGCGAUGACUGUCGACUCCCGGCUGCUCAGAGACUCUGUGCUUUGAUCUUUUGAAUGUACGUCUUGAAUGUGAAUCUC